GCCAUCUGUCAAAUCAUACAUUGAAAUUGUGCUGAGCAGAAUUUUAAUAAAUUUUAGCUUUAUCCGUAAAUGAUUUUGCCAAUUUUAUAAGUUUUUAGUUCACGUGUAUUUUUUAUAUCUCUUCCUUCAAAUGUUAACCAUUGAAGCCAUGAAUUUGACAUUGACACUGUAAAAUCCGUUUCCAUUAAAUUAACAGAGUGUUAAAUCUUGCCGAUAAUGGAACCUAAAACUGAAUUAGGAAAUUUAAACCCCAUCGUCCGCCUGAGUCGUGAUGACCGUGUCGAAAUUGCUGUUGCAGAGUUCAUAAGUCGACAUCACACUUAUUGUUUCCUAUGCUCCACUUCAAUUCAAGAUUCGACUCCCAUCAGUGCUCGCACCGCGAACCGGAUCGCGAUCUGCAAAUCAUACUUUCAAGAUAUUAAUCCGAUCAGUUUUAAAAAUGAGGGGGACAUUGGGGACAACAUUGAGGACAAAGCGUGUCGAACUUGUCUCAUUGAGGUGGAAAAAGUGUGGAUGUUAAACGAGGGGAUUAUCAGGAUUAAGCAACAAAUCGCGUCAAUUUUGACAAAAGCGAAUCGGCAAUGGCAUCGACCAGUCGUCGUAACCACGGCUCAUUCAAACUUGGUAAAAAAUCCUGUCGCUCAGCCUUCUUCCCGGCCAUGCAUCAAGAUAGAGACGGAAUCCAUCAACCCCAAAGAAAAUGGGAUCUACAUCGCGAACAAUAUUUUCGUCGGCGUUGAUGACGACAAUUCUUCGGACGAGGUUAAUGAUUCCGCAGUAAUGUCGAGAAGCCUCCAGGCUGAACCCACUAUUGUCACCAACGCGAGAAGAAAGCAGACCCUGUUUAUCCGGAAUCUGGACUUUUCUGGAGGACAAGGUAACCCGUCGCCGAAUGGACCAGUAGUCAAAAAGUCUAUGCUUGUCAAAAAGCUUAAAUGUUACCACUGCGAUAAAACGUAUUUCGCAAGGACUGCCCUCACCCGUCAUGUCCGCUCGGUGCAUGAUCACGUCCGCUACCCAUGUUCCGUCUGCGGGAAGAAGUUGAUCAGUCUAAGAAAUCGGAUCACGCAUGAGGUCAUGGUCUGCAAAGUGGUCUAUUCUCCCGACGAGCUGAAAGCAUUUGGCACAAAAAUAUACACAUGCGAGGUGCAAGGCUGUGGGAAAUUAUUCCCGAGACUGGACGACUAUUCCAACCAUAUGAAGAAGCAUGCUUAUCAGGGUGUCGAUGCUGAAUCUGGCGGCGGUGGGGAUAAUUUGACAGAGAGAGGAGUGGACGAGGAGGAGGAAAUGGGCGAAAUUUUAAACCGUGGAAUAAAGUCACCACAUAAAAUAAAAAUUGAGGACGAUGCAACGAUGGAGGGCGAAAUGUUAAAUGAAGAGUACGCUUUAAUGUCUCCUGAUGGUCAAGUUAUCGAGUCCUCUUACACAGAACCUUCUUCCGCUGUGGACAUCGUUAGCAAUAUUUUUAUCGGGGGACCUCCCACCCUCGAUAACAACAGUGUGUGUAAUGUCAACCCCUAGCCUGAAUCACGACAGGGAAUUGACCGUAGCACCGCCAGUGAGACAGAUAUCAAGUUUAACCAGUUACCCUCUAGUCGUCCGUCACGUCACAAAAAUGAAUUUUUGCGUGAAUUAACUUUUGUAUUUUUGUAUGUAAAUAUUUUGUAUGUGUACAACUUACUAUUAGAGUUAUGUUUUAGUUUGACAAUUUGAGUCUCCUAUGUACGUAUGUAGAAAUGUGUAUUUUAAUUGGUUUAUCGUGUAACAAUUUUCUUUAACUGAAAUAUAAUCGUGUAUUUAAAUUGUUUAAAAACCAUGAUUUCAAUUUCAAUUUACCUUUAUUCAAAUGUUAGUCACAUUCAGUCUGGUUUACAAGUUAUAACACACUAUGCAAAUAAACAUCUGUCUAUACUAA